AUGACCCCAGUGCCAAAGCACCCAACGAUCACCUUCCCGAUGCUCACCAUCUCGAAGGUGCCCCCAAACCACCCGAGUCUGGUGGCAGGCACCGUCGUCGGCGUCCUCGAGCCAUGGGUCGAAGCGACGCUGCACAACACGCCAGUGACCUUCCUCGAGCACACGUCCCUCCUAGCGGCCAUCAAGGCGCGCCUAGAGGCCAUCCGGGCCAACCUCGACGCCAUCGCCGUCGGCUUCUCGGCCGCCCUAGAGCAGAUCAAGGCCGACACGGAGGCGUACAAUGCCGAAGUGGCGCGCUUUAAUGCCCUCUCGCCUGCAAACACGGCACUGGUCGACGCGACCCAGGGCGUGACGAGCAACCUCACACACACCGCAAACUACCUCACCGACCCUGUCGUCCUCCUCUCCCUUGCCCUCGCGUUCGACAAUAUGGGCUCCCGCGCCGCACGCCAGCAGCUCCAGGCGCUGGUGGAGAUGAUGGGCCCGAGGGCGCUGCAUGAGGCUGUGAAGGAGCUCGAGAUGAACACUCUUGUUCAGGCGUCGGCCGAGCAGCUGGAGAUGAUGUGUCGUUACUUCUAG